ACACAUAAUAGUUUAUCGUAUGGCAUCGUCAUACGAUGAUUCACUAGCUUGUUAUCUUAUGUUCCUUCGUCAUUCGAUUAUCGUAUUACAGUAUUAACACACCCCUAACGUUCCGACAUUAGAAUAAUUACCAAGAAAAUAUUUUUGACCAUUACCAAUAAGGAAUCAUCAAAGAGAGUCAGUACUGAGUUAUCUAGUCAAGUCACAUCUCCUAACUCGUCCAACACGUCCCAUUUUUCUGAAAACCCAAAAGGGUAUUUAUAUAUCAUAAAAACCCACCUGAGUUUUUAUUUUUUAGCUAAAUCUUCAAGGGUUCUUUCAUUUUGAUUCAAUUCUUGAAAAAAAAAAAAAGAGAGUUAAUUUUUCAGUUCUUGAAAAAUCUAAAUGGCUAACUUUUAGCUAAAUCUUUAAGGGUUCUUUCAUUUUCAUUCAAUUCUUGAAAAAAAGAGUUUUUUUUUUUUAACCCAUCUGGGUUUUUAGCUAAAUCUUUAAGGGUUCCUUUAUUUUCAUUCAAUUCUUGAAAAAAAAAAAAGAGAGUUAAUUUUUCAGUUUUUGCAAUUUUUUUUAUUGUUUUUUGGGUUCUUGAUUUUCCGGCAAGAAUUUUUAAAAAUGGCCGUCUCCGGUGACCGGAGGAGUGUUAGAGAUAUUAUUUGUGAUGCCGGUGCUGGUGCCUCUGCAGGUGCUAUUGCUGCUACAUUUAUGUGUCCAUUGGAUGUUAUUAAGACAAGACUGCAAAUAUAUGGUCUGCCUCAGGUUUCUCAAUCUGGUCGUCAAGGCACGCUUAUUUUUCCUUAAAAUCUUUUGGCAACAAACAGGUAGUGUCAUUGUCACAAGCUUACAGAAUAUAUUAAGAACUGAAGGUUUCAGGGGACUUUAUCGAGGCCUUUCACCAACAUUAACAGCUCUUCUUCCAAACUGGGCGGUAUACUUUACAGUUUAUGGACAUCUAAAGGAUUUGUUGCAUUCGCAUGAUGCAGUGGAUAGCUGUGGGCAGCUUACUAUUGGUGCAAACAUGAUUGCUGCUGCAGGAGCGGGGGCCGCAACAUCCAUUACGACAAAUCCAUUGUGGGUUGUUAAGACCCGGCUCCAAACACAGGGAAUGAGGGUGGGUGUAGUUCCAUAUAAAGGUAUAUUCUCUGCUUUAAUACGAAUAGCACAUGAAGAAGGGAUCCGCGGAUGGUACAGUGGCCUCUUGCCGUCUUUGGCUGGGAUAAGUCAUGUUGCUAUCCAAUUUCCAGCAUAUGAAAAGCUGAAAUCGUACUUAGCAAAAAGGGCCAAUAAGCAUACUAAUGAAUUGAACCCUGGUGAAGUAGCGAUUGCCUCUUCGACGGCGAAAGUAGUUGCCUCUGUAAUGACUUAUCCACAUGAGGUCGUGCGUUCUAAAUUACAAGAACAAGGGCAAGUAAGAAACUCCGAGAAAGCAUAUAAUGGGGUUGUUGAUUGUGUAAAAAAGAUGUUCAAACAGGAACGUCUGACCGGAUUCUACCGGGGUUGUGGAACCAAUCUUCUACGGACGACUCCCUCUGCUGUUAUUACAUUUACAAGUUAUGAAAUGAUCCACAGAAUAUUUGAGCGAGUUAUACUUCCAGAGGAGCAUUCAAAACCAAAUCCUAGAUGUGAAUCCCAUAAGGUAGCCGGAGAACAUGGAGACAAUGACGAAAAUUUACAACAACCAGAAAGCACAUCGAAUAAGAGAACUCCGUUAAUUCCAUUGAGUAAUUCUGAUAAUCUAACUGCUAGACAUUGAUUAGAGAAGUGGGGUUUUUUUUUUUUUUUUUUCCGGUCGCGGAGGCAAUUUGCAACAAGUGUUUGCUAUUGCACAAAUUUUCCUUUUGUAACUUACUAUUCUGGAUCUAAUAAAGAAGGGCACAAAUAGUUUUGCGAUAA